GGUUGAAAACAGACGAGAGACCAGUCCGACCAGUCAGACCAGUCCAGACCAGACAUGGCAGCCGAUCUGACAGCGGCGACACUGGAGGAUUUGGAGUUGCUUCAGGAUCACGUCGGGAAUAUCCCGAAGAGACAUGCCCGGGUUACCGUGAAGUACAACCGGAAGGAGCUGCAGAGGCGGCUGGAUGUGGAGAAGUGGAUCGACGAGAGCCUGGACCGGCUGUACUCGGGUCAGGAAGGUGAUAUGCCAGAGGAGGUGAACAUUGAUGACUUGCUUGACCUGCCUAAUGAUGAGGAGAGAGUCAAAAAGUUACAGGAGCUUCUUCAAAAGUGCAGUAACAGCACAGAGAGCUUCAUCAGAGAGCUGCUGGAGAAGCUGGAUGGCGUUCACAAGCAGGACGAGCUGCAGAGCGAAGGCAUCGAGCAUCCGGUGAUCUCCCACAGCCACUACCGCCAUGAGCCCUACCACUUUAACAACCCCCGGCAACAGCAACACUCCCACCACACCCGAGGCCAGAACCAGACCCUCUGACGCCCCCCCUCAACCAAGACACGCAGCAUACGCUGUCAGUUCUAUUGGACUAUGGAAGAAAACAAAAAUCCACCUUAAAACUUACUAAUUAAGACGCUAUAUCUUGUGUUGCCUGGUAACAUCACAGUGAAGGAACCCACUGCUCCUGGCUAAGGUAUAGUCCGGCACAUAGUCGGCCAUAAAAACACAACCACAACUAUUUUUAUAUUUUCCAAAAUGUCAAACUAUUCCUUUAACCACUUAUUAAAGAAACAGCUAUUUGUGACAUAUAUCGUGGGUGGAUAAUUGGCCAAGGAUAGGAAGACAUGAAAUAGUAAUACAUUUACAAUCUAGGAGCAAGUCUGGCUUCACUAUCGUGAUGCCAUUUAGCACACAUAGUCAGUGAUCAUACAGGAAGAAAUACAUUGUAGAAAUAAUCAUACUUCCACUCACAGUAUUCCCAAAAGAGCUUUUAUUUGCAGCACCAAAACCUAUGACUCUCAUUUUUACUAGACUGGAAAAAGCUGUCAUUAUACUUAUUAUUUUUAUUAUUAUGACUGUCUCCAUGUAUACGUAGUUGGAUGCAACAGUUUCAAAUGUCUGAUGAAAGUCAUUGAAGGAAAGCAGGAUAACCAAAAAAUUAAAUAUACCUCUCUUCAUUUUAAAAUGACAUCCUGCUACAUAUUGAACAUCAGCCACUGAUACUUGAUCAUUCAUAUUGCAAGCAUCCCAGUCUAUGCUGUGACACAGUUACAGUAUGUUCCAUCUUCCACGCAACACGUUAGCUGCACCACGUUAGUUGCACCACGUUUUAGAUAACACUGCCAGAUUACAUGCAUAUGUCUUAUUUAACAUCUGUUAGAUUAUAAAAGUUAUUUAUGAUUACAGGACAUGGAGAUAGAUCCAGCAUACCAGUAUGAUGUAACAAUGGAAAUUAUCCUGUUGCAUUGCUUACACACUGUAGCUUUUUAAUGUCACUGUCGUUCAUGCCUUCUGUUUUUCAGAUACAUUUUCAGUUUGGUCAGUAUACUUCCACUAAAUUUUGAUUCUGCAAAGAGAGCUAGUCCUUUGCAGGAAUUGCUAAUAAAACGAUUGCUUUCAC